AUGACAGCCGAUCGUGAAUUGUGGAUUGCCAUAGCAGAGGAGCACUUGCCAAGCCUGAGGCCUCAAGCAGAUGGCAAGUGGCCUUUGGAUAAAGCCAUCCAGGACUUGAGGUACAACCCGAGAGUCACUAUGCAUUUGCUGCCGUUACCCUCUGCAGUGGCCAAAGUGGCCACAGCACCUCCGCCCAAGGAGGCAAGUGGAGGCAAGGUAGCCACCAGGCCGAGGUGCCCGGAGCUGCUGAUCGGGUGUGAGCUAAAGACCAAAGACGGCAAACCAGUUUGCUACGGGUUCAACCUUGAGUCAGGCUGGGAGGAAGCUGACUUGUCGGCGCAGUGGGAUCAUGGCCUCAUUUGGAGGCGGAUGCAGGAGGCCAAGGUGCCGACAGUCAAAACUGCGCCAGAUCGAAGAGGCUGUCAAAGGCAGCGCACGAAGCCGGAUUUCAGGCAGUCGCAGUGGACCAUCAGAAGCAACGAGCUGAAGGACAGGCCGGACGGUUUGGACGGGCUGAGAGGUGCAGACAAGAAGAAGACUGAGCUGGCAAAUCAACUGUACGAUGCAGUGUUCGAAAUUGCAAGAGCCUUAGAUCCCAAGGACAUGUUGAGUCAGCUGCAGGCCCAUGAGCAAAACUCCAGCAACCGCAUACUGCUGGGCGGCAUGCCAAGAGGACGCAAAUUGCGCCCCUUCGUGUCGGAAUUUGGUCAGUAUUUGACGGUUUUGGGGCCGGUUCAAGACGUGGACUCUUUGAAGCACUUCUUGCAGCUGAAGCCUAAGGGCAGCAAGAUAACACGCAGACAAAUUUGCACAUGGGGGGAGGCACGGGUCUGCGCUCAACAAUUUCAGUGGGCCAUUUUGCCACCUAUGCCCACAGCAGAGGCAGGUUUGGUGGAAAAAGCGGUUGUGGGAAUACCGAGAAGCCCUGAAGAAUUUGUCAAAGCAGCGGUCGCAGCAGGCCAUCCGAGAGACAUUGCGGUUUUCCUACAGAAGGAGACAAAAGCAGCCGUCAUAGCCAACAGAGACCUCACAGCGGUGGACAUCAUCAGGAGGCGCAUUGAGUUCAUUAAGCACUGGCUUGGCAGAAGGAGUGCGUUGGAGGAGGAAGAAAAGAAACUGCAUGCAGCGAUGCCUGAAUAUGUGCGAGUGGUCCUCAAGGGCAAGAACAUCUUGCUUAUGGGCGAAAUGUUGAGAGACCUGGGUUACCCAGAUGUUAUGCUGCAGCAACACGUGGCGGAGGGCUUCAAAUUAACUGGAUGGCUUCCGGAGACGGGGUACUUUCAGAAAAGGGUACGACGUCCUGAGCUGAGAGUUGAGCAAGCCUUGCAAAUGGCUAAAGGUGUGAAUCAUGGCAUAUUGAAGCAAAUGCGUGCAGAGGAGCUGACUGACUUGGACCGAGCCACCUGGGAGGAGACCUGCAAAGAAGUGGAGAAGGGCUGGAUUUUUGAGGACGUUGCUCCAAACCUGCACGGUGUCUUACUCGCCAAGAGAUUUGGGCUGCAACAAAAGGAAAAGGUGCGAGUCAUUGAUGACUACACCGUUGGGGGCUUGAACAAAACGUGCGGCUUGAAAGAAAAGCUGAGAGUGCAAGCCGUGGACGAGAUGGCCGCCAUGAUCGCGUAUUCUUUGGACACCUGCGAGGCGAGCGCGCAUCCCAGAGUCCUGGGUCGCACCUACGAUUUGGAAGCGGCUUACAAGCAAUAUGCGGUACACCCAGCAGAUAGAGCGAUCUCGAGCAAGAAGUGUGUGGACUUUGCAGACACCUUCAAGACCCUGGGACUGGAAGAACUGGCGGACGAGAUUGAAGACAUUUUGCAGAAGGGACAGUUGACAGCAAAGGAGGCGCGAGCUAAGCGAAAGAAUAAGACCUUCGUUCAACGAGCUGGCAUGAAACGUGUUGCUGCCAUCCUGACUGAAGCCAACACCUGGUCUGCUUUCCGCACCUUGUGCACUGACCUCAGCAUUGCUGUCUCGACUGCAUCCUCUUCUGCGGCACGCGCCGUGGAUCACUUGCAAGUCAAUGACCCGCGGGCCAAAGGUGCGACAUCCAACAAGCCGACCAAGAAGAAGGAGCGACGAAAGCAGCGAACUGGCCACCUCCUCAACGGCUCCAAGAUUGAUCUGUCUUUCUUUGCCGAGGAAGGUUGUCCGUCUCCCCCUGCCGUGUCCCUUGCUGCGUUGUUGCAUGGUGAGGAAGGGAUUAGCUGCAUUAGCCCCGAUGAGUGGACGAAACAUUGUGAUGCUGUUCUGGGAGGGACCUUGACUGUGGGCGCACAUCCGCUGACGUCUGGGACAGUGGUUCGCAUGCUAGACUUGAUACUGUCAGACAGCAGGUUGCCGAAGAGCUCAAAGCUUGCGCUGCAUAGUAGUCGCUUGGACGCCAUCGAGAAGCAGCUUGUCGCCAUGUCUGGAGCACACGACGAGCUGGUUGAGAAAGUCGAAGCUGUGCCUGCCCUCAUCGCAUCGCAGCUCGAAGACAGCUGGCGAUCACAUUGUGAACGCCUUUGCAGUGUUGAAGCCAAAGUUGAUAGCGGUUUCUUGGAACUCAAGGAGUUGUUCCUCACAUCUCAGGCCAAAGUUCGCAAGGUGAGUGAGGGGCCCUAA